GGGAAAGGGAAAAAGUGAAAGAUAGACUCAUAAAAGUCAUUGGUUUUCCCCACUGGUCCUGAGCCCUAUUACGAGUCGGUACUAAUGGCAUCGGCGAACAAGCCGCGCAUGACAACACGGCCUUUUUCCGUCCACUUUUGUCACAUAAUUUUAAGUCCUCUGGGUUGUCGGUAGAUCUUGUCGGUAGAUCUGCUUCCAAACCCUAUGUGCACAAAUUUUGAGUAUCGGUCUGUACAGAACUCGAUCAAUGGCAAGGUCUCCCUUGUGAAACAACAGCUCAAUCACUCGAGAGCCCAGAAACGUAUCUAACACUUGCCGACCUCAAGUCUAUACGUUGCUAGGCCAUUCUCUGAUUUGCCAACUAGCAAGUAUGCUGGACAAAACACCCAAUGGCACUAGUUAUCCUCAACCCACGAUCAACGGAAGAGAUGGCAUACGUCGAGAUGAGAGUACAAGCGGCGUUGGAAAGGCUCUCGGCGACAAAGAGUCAAACGUGGAUCACUGCCGGACAAAAGAGCUCUCCAAGACACCCACAAACAUCAGCAACGUCGGUGCGUUGGCUUCAAAAACAUUGUCCCUGGUCCGCACCAGAGAGUCGAAUAGAGAAAUUGGGCCUCCGCCCGAUGGUGGUUUCCUGGCCUGGUUUCAAGUCGCCUUGGGUCACUUUGUCAUUUUCAACACUUGGGGCUACAUUAAUAGCUUUGGCGUUUUCCAAACCUACUAUACUGAAACAUUAGGGCAUACCCCGUCUGACAUUUCCUGGGUAGGAAGUAUUCAAAUCUUCUUGCUAUUUUUUAUUGGGACUUUCUCUGGUCGUGCAACCGACGCUGGAUACUUCAAGGCCACCUUGGUGUUGGGAGCGGCGCUGGAGCUGUUUUGCAUUUUCAUGACGUCUUUGUCUACUAAGUACUGGCAGUUGUUCUUGGCGCAAGGCGUCGGGCAAGGAAUUGGCUGUGGGCUCAUGUUUUGCCCUACCAUUGCCCUCGUACCUACGUAUUUCACUAAAAGGCGCUCGAUUGCCAUGGGGAUUGUGGCAUCUGGAUCGGCAACUGGGGGCUUGGUGUUUCCCGCCGUUGUUAUGCGUUUGCUGCCUCGGAUCGGAUAUGGAUGGACCAUGCGAAUCCUCGGCUUUAUUUCUUUGGGCACCCUGACGCCUUGCUUGCUCUUUCUGAAGCAAAGGUUACCACCGCGCCAAAGUGGUCCGCUCGUUGAAUGGGCCGCCUUCAAGGAACCUUCCUACGCGUUGUUUGCCAUUGGCAUGUUCCUCAACUUCUGGGGUAUCUAUGUCGGCUUCUUCUACAUUGGUAGUUUUGCCGGCAAUAUCAUCCAUGUCUCUCAGUCAACCUCGAUCGAUGUACUCCUAGUUAUGAAUGGCGUUGGACUUCUAGGCCGGCUGAUUCCGAACCUCAUGGCUGACUGGUAUACUGGGCCAUUGAACUUGCUAAUUCCCUGUAGCCUGGCUACCGGCGUGGUUGCAUAUUGUUGGGCUGCCGUGAGCAGCCCGGGGGGUAUGUACGCCUUUAGCGCAUUUUAUGGUCUUGCUGCGGCGGGUAUCCAAUCUCUAUUCCCUGCGACACUGAGUACCCUCACGACAGAUCUGAAAAAGACUGGUGUGAGGAUGGGAAUGGUGCUCAGCGUGGUGGCCGUCGCUGCUCUCAUCGGGUCUCCGAUCGCCGGAGCAUUGAUCCAACUAAACGAGGGGCAUUAUCUGUAUGCUCAAAUGUUCAUGGGCAGUGCAGUUGUUGCUGGUGCAAUGACUUUGUUUGCAGCGAGAGUAGCCAAACUGGGGCUCUCCUGGCAACGGUCGUGAGGUUGUUGGGAAAUGCGCAGCG